AGAGGGCGACCGUGCGGGGAGGGGGGCUCCGGAGCACAGGCGCGGAGACGGGACUUAAGGAGCUCUCGCGAGAUCUCCAGGUUGCUAUAUAUGUGCGCAGGGAACCCGCGUCCUUUCCCUGGUCUGAUUCCGUCCUGCGUGACUGUUCCUUCGAACGGUAGUCUUUUAUCUCCGUCCACUUUCUCUCCCACCGAAGUGCGUGCCACCAACCCAUGGAAGAUUCGAUGGACAUGGACAUGAGCCCCCUGAGGCCCCAGAACUAUCUUUUCGGUUGUGAACUAAAGGCCGACAAAGAUUAUCACUUUAAGGUGGAUAAUGAUGAAAAUGAGCACCAGUUAUCUUUAAGAACGGUCAGUUUAGGGGCUGGUGCAAAGGAUGAAUUGCACAUUGUCGAAGCAGAGGCAAUGAAUUAUGAAGGCAGUCCAAUUAAAGUAACACUGGCAACUUUGAAAAUGUCUGUGCAGCCAACGGUUUCCCUUGGGGGCUUUGAAAUAACACCACCUGUGGUCUUACGGUUGAAGUGUGGUUCAGGGCCUGUGCAUAUUAGUGGACAGCACUUAGUAGCUGUGGAGGAAGAUGCAGAGUCAGAAGAUGAAGAGGAGGAGGAUGUGAAGCUCCUAAGUAUAUCUGGAAAGCGUUCUGCCCCUGGAAGUGGUAGCAAGGUUCCACAGAAAAAAGUAAAACUUGCUGCUGAUGAAGAUGAAGAUGAUGAUGAUGACGACGACGAUGAUGAUGAAGAUGAUGAUGAUGAUGACUUUGAUGAUGAGGAAGCUGAAGAAAAAGCUCCAGUAAAGAAAUCUGUACGAGAUACUCCAGCCAAAAAUGCACAAAAAUCAAACCAGAAUGGAAAAGACUCAAAACCAUCAACACCAAGAUCAAAAGGUCAAGAAUCCUUCAAAAAACAGGAAAAAACUCCUAAAACACCGAAAGGACCUAGCUCUGUAGAAGACAUUAAAGCAAAAAUGCAAGCAAGUAUAGAAAAAGCGCAUUGAACAAUCCUGGGCACUACUGGUAAAUUAAGCCCAAAGAUGGGGAGAGAGGAAAAGGAGAGACAAAUAUAGUCCAAACUGAGUAUCAUCAACAAUCCAGACUGAAGUCUUCUAUUUUAACUCAAUCCCCUUUCCUGUUUUGCCACCCACCCAUGCCCCCCUUCCAGGCUGGAAGCAAUCUCUUGAUCUCCUAAAACACUUUCUUUUGACUGCUGUGAUCCAGUGAACCUUAUACUUUGCUUUCUAUUACUUGUGCAUUUGCCUCACCUCUUUGACCGUAUUUUAAUCACCUUUGUAUCUCCCUAGCUGCUCAAUAAAUAUUUGAAUCAAAUAAGAAUGUAUGUGACAAUAAUUUAAAAGUGUAAAUUAUAGUGAGGUUUAUUUUCUAGGCGAUGAGGCAGUUAAGUAUCUUACACCAUACCUGAAGCCUUCUUGAUCCUUUUAAAAUGCACAGAAGAUUCAGGUUACAAGGAAAAUCAAAAUUUAGUUAUCAAAAUAGGAAACAAAAGUGAAAAAAUUAGUGCGUUAAGGUAAUUCCAGAGCAGAGAUAAGUAUAAACAUUUCAAGAUUUUUGAAAAUAUUUGGUGACAUAAACUUUGAAAAUAAUUUGGUGUUACUACUAUUGUGCUUUCUUCCCUGUGUCCAUAAUUGAAAGGAAUGGCGAAGUUCAGAGUUUAGUGAAAUGUAUUUGGUCCUGGGUGGUAGAGGAUGGUGAUAAAGCCGACUUGUUAGAUAAAUACAGUAGGCAGUCAAGUUGAUGGUUGAGUUCCUGAAGAAUCACAAGCAUAGCUUAUACUUCGUGUUUUUAGAGUGGCUGGGUGGGGGCAGGGAAUUUGAAACUUGGACAAACCUUAUUCAGUAUGAGAGUACUUCUGGAAGACCUAGGUCCUAAUAUGUUAUACAAACAUGUCUUUCUAGGCCUAAAAAAGGAUUUAUUCAGUAUUAAAAUGAAGGAGUUGAAGAGACAAGGAACGAAUCACAAUGAUCCAUAUAAUAAACAGCACUCAAAUCUUUGAGGAAUUUCUAACAAUCUCCCUCAAAAACAAUGUUUCUAUACUUACCCUUAAUAAUGCUUUUGUCU